AUGGUAGUGGACCCUCGGGCGCAAAUUGACCAUCGUUCGAUGAUGCUCCCGUCGACGUUCCCCGUGAUUGGCGCGCAUAAGAAAAAGCGUAAAAUCAAACAAACUGUCCGUGUGUCUUUGGACUUGUUCGAACCGACCAGGCGAAAAUGUCCCGAAUUCGACGUCGGUGCCUUCGUUGCCGACAAGCUGGAUGAAGAUCCAGAAACUCUCGAAAAUGAAGAGCUCGCGAAGCUUAGCCUCAUCGCAAAGAAGUUUGAAGAAAAAUACGGUCCAAAGCGCGAUCGUAAGGGCCGAAAAAUCAAGUUCGGCAAAGCAGAGGAUUUUAUGGACUUGGGUAUGGGCUACGACAAAAGUGACCCGUUCAUCGACGACUCUGAAGCCUACGACGAAUUGGUUCCUUCUACACUUACCACACAGUUUGGUGGAUUUUACAUCAACAGUGGUCGCCUCGAGUUUCGCGAAGCUUCGGAUGAAUCAGAUGGAGGGGUUGAGGAGGAGAACGAUGCUGAGCUUAGAAAAGCCACCAAGAAGCGAUGUCAAGAAGAAAAGGCAGAAACCACUCUCUCAGUACCUAACGAAGUCCGUGACUCACCCAGCACUUCUAAUUAUACUGCUUCCAAUGCCAGUUCUUCAAAGCAGCUGAACGGGGCGCAGAUGAGCGUAAAAGCGGCAGCAAAAAUCAAAAAGAAAAGUUUAAUACCGAAGCGUCGAAGCUGCUUCUUUAAGAAUAAGCGAUCCUGGAAUGCGAAAGAGGGAGCUAACAACAAAGCAAAGCCACUGCAUAUUGAAGAAGUAGUGCAAUCCGUAGUGGCAUCAAGCGGCGAGGAAGCGAAAGAUUCGACGAUCGACGAUACGAUCAACAGGAUUGUGAUCAAGACAUGUCCUAAUGAUCUGUUGGAGUUUGACGAACAGAAGUUGGACAUCAGUUUGUUGGCUAAUUUGUGCUGCAGCGACUCUGAGGGAGAAGUGAAAAAAGAAAAGGAGCCGGAAGUCCAGAAUAAACUUACCACCACUAGCAACGUUGUCGCUGAGGAGGGUCCGCGGUCAAGUGUAGUUGCCGCUUCUUCAGGGAGCGCCACAGGGACGUCAAAGAAUUCAAUGAUUGGACAACCUCCAACACUGGCCACUAGCACAAGGGUGCAAAAAACCUUUGAAAUCCCCAGUGAUAUUACCGCACUUAACAUCACUGUUCACCAGCUCGUAGGUGCCACUGGCGAAAAGGUUUCAACAUGGACUCCUGCAGCUCAGGACUUAUUAUUGAGGAUCGAUGCCCUAUGCGACGGCAAAGGAUUAAACAAGUUUCAGCGUGCAGCUGUGUUUUCUGACCUACAGAAUCGUGUAAUGGUAAGUCGCGCUGACCUGGUGAACCAUGUACGGAAGAUGAAGGAAAGAAACGCUGCUGCUCCUGUGUCGAUGAUAGUCGAGAAGCACAGACCACAAGAAGCGGACUGCAUUGCAGCAGCGGCGGCGGCGACAACUGCUACGACUGAGAUUCGCGCUGAUCUGCUCAUCGCUAACUCAAAGAAACUACAAGAGCUCUUCUGUAAAAUAAAAGAAGAAAUAAAAAAACUUAUGCCUACUAUGGAACAAGAGUACUCGAAGGUCGUCGCAGAGACCGCUAAGAGAAAGCUCGAACUGUACCGACUGUACGCAAGUGCCGCAGGCGGUGAUAAAGUGAAACAGAAGAACAUAUAUGCUCCAAGGAAAAAGGAACUGAAGAAGCUGUUGAACUCGUAUCUCAGUUCCGAAUCUCAGCCUCAUUCCAGGCAGGGUGUAGUGAUCAACGAAGCUACAGCGUCCUCUUCUUCGAACGACAAUCCGAUACCGUUGCUGAAAUCUUCGGCAGGUUCAAGUUUUGGUUCUGAAUCAAAGGUCGCGGCAGAUGCACCAAGCCAAAUUCAUCUGUCAUCGCCUGCACAGACUGUCACCGCAUCCCAGACGAUUUGUAGUCAGCAAAGUCUGGGUCAUGCUCAUUCCCUUGUAACCGCUGGUUGUGCCGCAAAUACGAUUCCUGUUAAGUCGAAACCGUCUUCUGCUACCUCGUUAACACCAAAAGAGGCAAACCACGGUAGUAUUGCAGCUUCGGUUCUGGUGAAUAUGGGACCGUCGUCGGCAGUGCCAUCCCAGUGCGGUAGUCGGAUAACGCCAUCCAACGCCGCUUCAAGAUCCACCUGUUCCGUUAUACACUUUAGUCAGCAGGAAGUUUGUAGCGAAUCCGCGAAGCUGGAAAAACAGAGACGAGUCUCGACACAUGCGACGAUGAAUCAGCCUCAACCGCAACAGCAAAUAUCGCCGCCGGCGAUCGACCGAAGUGAUUCGUCGUUGCAACUGCAACAGAAGAUACUGGCGUGUUCAAAAGAUCAGCCUUCUGUGGAAUUACAGGACUAUUUUGAACUCAUCAGUAGCGCCGGCGCCAGACCAACAGGAACAUCGGUUCGGUGGGUGGCAUCCUCAGAGCACUCAAAAACACUUCCGAUGAUAUGUCUUUCACCGAACUCUUCCCCUUCAUCUGCUACGUCGUCAGCAAAUUUGACGAUGAACAUAGGCGAUUCUAAAACGCAAAGCCAACAGCAGAUGCAGCAGCACAUCCCGUCCAUGGCUGCUCUGUCACAACCGACCUCUUGCUUUGCAAAAACUGCCGGUAGAUCGCAGUCCCAAUUGCAUCCUCGCCAUGAUUCUACGAAACUGGCGUAUUCCUCGUAUACAAAGUCACCGAAUGGACAAUCACUGAGUCACGGUGUCCAAAAUGUAUCGUCCUCCAAAGUAAAUACCCGACCUGAAAACAUGUUGUCGGCGUUUGGAACAAAAGGGGAUGCUCAGCAUUUCAGCCACUGUCCUGCUGUCAGCUCUACCAGCCUCAGCGGUCUCAGCUCACCGUCUCCCGCUGUUGCUUCUUCCUCGCUUCAAGGGGUUUCUAACUUAGUGAAAAUGCCCGUUCCUACGUGCUCAGGUUUCCUGCCACAGCAACAGCGUUGUUGGUACUUCGGUCGACCAAACACGGCGGCGGCUUACGUCUCCGAGCAGAUGUGGGCAGCGAAAAUAAUGCGUUCUGUCCAGAAUCAGUCUGGCACAGAACACGCUUCCCUAAAAGUUCCUCAAAGUAAGGCUAGCAUGGGUAAGCCACAAUCUUGUGACACUUUUGUUGUUUUGCCCCCAUUAACGAAAGAUGGUUUCAUCAUAUUCGGGAAGAAUUCCGAUCGUCCGGCUAACGAAGUCCAGGAAGUCGUGUUCUGUCCUGCAAAGGAUCACCCGCCCUCAUCGAAAGUCCUGCCUUCGUGGAUGUGGGGUGCAGAAAUGGGCGCUAACGAACAUGGAGUUGUCAUAGGUAACGAGGCAGUGUGGACAAAAUGUAACUCGGAAGACGACAAUACAGAACGUUUGUUGGGUAUGGAUCUGUUAAGACUUGCACUGGAACGUAGCAAAACUGCCAGAGAAGCUCUAGCUGUGAUUGAUGAACUUCUGACGAAAUAUGGGCAGGGUGGCCCUUGUUCGGACGAAAUUUUGAUCACUUAUCACAACAAUGGGCGGCGAAAUAUUUCCAAUUGUUUGUCGAUCUCAAAUCAUAUCGAUAUGAUGUCCAAAGAUUUGGCAGAAUCAAAAAAAGGAGCAUCCUUUGACUUUUGUGCAGAGUUCGCUGAUAAACUGGCCUUCGAGGAGCCUCGUUUCAUCGUCGGUCAAAAAUUACUAGAACAGUAUACUGCUGACGGUCUUUUUGAUGUCAAGAGAAUGAUUCAAAUCCUUCGCGACAAGCCCAGUGGUAUAUGCAGGUCUAAUGGAGAAUUUAUGACUACCGCUAGUCAAGUAUCUAUUCUUCCGCACGAUCCGAGCAUUCCCGCGGUUCACUUUUUCACCGCUACUCCCGAUCCAUGUAUGUCCGGCUUCAAACCGUUCGUUUUCGUUGACGGCAAGUCGGUUCCCUCGCCGUACACGGUCAGUCCUGUUUUUCUCGAAAGUCAGGACCCAGCGAAGGUUCGACCUCGGUUUGCGUUUAAAGUGGACCGACGUCAUUCAUUGUAUAAACGUCACCAGACGGUGCUUGCAAAUGCUUCACUUAAGGACAAGGUCACUAAAGGCCUGCUGACGUUGGAAAAUGAAGCCAUCGAUGAUAUAGCCGAAUUACUCUCUUCCGGAAAACAGAUCCCAGAUGCCGAAAAUCUCUUCUUCGAUGCGGUGGAAGCCGAAGUACAGCUCUACAAAAGCUUGCAUUGA